CAGUGGUGAUAUUCAAAAUAAAAACAUCAAAUUAAAUCCUUUGGAAUGUAAUGCCGCGUUAUUUUAGUUUUUAGUGUAUUAAUGGAUCUGACUCUCUCUUAGUUUGAUUAAUAACUGACGCUUAUUUGUAGUAAAAUUUUAGAAUAGCUGUAUGUACACUAAUAAGUAAAAGUAAGUUUAUGUUUCCCGUUACUCGAAUACAUUCCACGUCAGAAUAAAUUGGAAACGUAAACCUAACGAUGCGUAGGGCUAAAGGAUACCAGGAUUUAGACGAGAAUGUGGGAGAACGUCUACCGGCAGUUCCAAUGCCUCUCCCACAGGAGAUCGAAAUGGCCUCUGUUUCGGUAGUCCCUGACGAUACCUUCACUGUGACCCAGGCAGUCAAUGCACUGGGUUUUGGUUGGUUCCAAGUUAAACUAUCUCUGUAUACUGGCUUAUGUUGGAUGGCUGACUCAAUGGAAAUGACAAUCCUGAGCAUAUUGUCACCAGCACUUCACUGUGAAUGGAAUAUAAGCAAAUACCAACAAGCUCUAACUACUACAGUUGUGUUUAUGGGAAUGAUGUUGAGCUCUACAUUUUGGGGCAAUAUCAGUGAUAGAUAUGGAAGGAAAACUGCACUCAGCAUGUGUGGAGUAUUAUUAUUUUACUAUGGACUGCUAAGCGCCAUUGCUCCCAACUUUCUCUGGUUACUAUUUUUGAGAGGACUUGUUGGAUUUGCAAUAGGAUGUGUGCCACAAUCGGUUACAUUGUAUGCUGAGUUUUUACCAACAAAACAGAGAGCUAAAUGUGUUGUACUUUUGGAUUGUUUCUGGGCACUUGGUGCGUGUCUCGAAGUUGCGUUGGCCCUCAUCGUAAUGCCAACUCUCGGAGUGCAUUGGCUGUUGGCGUUAUCGACAAUACCUUUGCUUAUAUUUGCUAUCAUAUGCCCUUGGUUACCUGAAUCUGCCCGAUACCACGUAGCAAGUGGACAACCCGAUAAAGCAUUAGAAACGCUGGAGAAGAUAGCGCAAGACAAUGGACGGCCUAUGUUACUUGGCCGCUUGGUGUGCGACGAUUCAGUUGGCAUUGGUCAGCGUGGCCGGUUGAAACAUCUCCUCAUACCACAGCUCAGAAACACCAGCCUCCUUCUCUGGGUUAUAUGGAUGUCCUGCGCAUUCUGUUAUUAUGGCCUGGUAUUAAUGACUACGGAGUUGUUCGAGACUGACGCAGAUGGCGGCGAAGAGUCUUGCGCAGCUGAUUGCCGCCCUCUGCAAACUACUGACUAUAUGGAUUUACUGUGGACUACUUUGGCAGAGUUUCCUGGUAUUUUCGCCACGAUAUUCAUAAUAGAAAAGUUUGGACGUAAGAAGACAAUGGCAUCUCAGUUCGUCAUUUUCGCGAUCUGUGUUUGCGCUCUCACUUACAAUACAAAUCGGACAUUUUUAACCUGCAUUCUAUUUUUGGCGCGCGGAAUUAUUGCCGGACUAUUUCAAGCGGCUUAUGUUUACACACCGGAGGUAUACCCUACAGCGUUAAGAUCUACAGCAGUCGGUGCUUGCAGUGGGGUCGCAAGGCUUGGCGCCAUGAUAACUCCAUAUGUAGCACAGGUGCUGUUGAAGAACUCGAUAACGAUAGCGACGGCGGUCUACUCUGUGGCGGCCCUGAUAGCGGCCGCCGCUUGCAUUGCCUUGCCUAUAGAAACCAAAGGCAGAGACAUGAAGGAAACAGUCACGGCCACUGGAUUAUAAUCGUCACUGUUUUUUUUAAAAUUUGUAAUGAAGCCAGGGUAUAUAUGGUUUGUAAAACAAUUGUUUCGGUUUAUUUCAUUUAUUCGGUUUAAUUUUAAAUAACCAUCUCCAGUUCAAUUUCGUUCAUUUAAAAGAAAUUUGACGGUUUACCAAACUUAAAAUUCACCUCUUUUUGUACUUUUCCGCGCUCACUGUGAUUUGAAAACUGAAAUAAGGUCAAAAUACCAAUCAAACAACAGAUUAAAGCCAUUUACAAUUACUUAAACAUUAGGCGUAUCAUUUUUUUUUUCAUAUUAUGUACUUUUAUCUUUACUCGGUAUCAGUUUAAGAGCACGCAAUUGUACGAGUUUAGAAACCGAACCUCGUGUGCAAAUAUCUGAUGAAUGCGCACAGCAAAGCAAUUUCGUGUUAAAUGUUCACGGCGAAAUCGGUUUAUUUGUGUUGGUCUAUUUGUUCGGUUUAUUUGUAUCGGUUCUAUGCGCGAGACCAAACUUGACUUUAAUUAAAUAUCGGUUUCUUAACACAUCUUUAACUGCUUGGAAUCGUUAGGGUGAUAUAAAGCCGUGGACGAAACUUGUGUGGCAACAAUGUAGGUAGUAUUUAACAACAAAUUUUUUAAGCAAAUUAUAUGUGCGUUGCGAUCAUAAUGAGUACCCAAUUUCAAACUCUAAUGUAGCUUUAACAUAAUGUUUUAUAAUAACAAAUUCAAUAGUAAAAAAUACUCAAUUUUUGUACCUAUAUU